AGUGGUCGCUGCGUCAGUAUGGCGGCGGCGGCGGGAAAUGCGAGUGAGGGCCGAGUGGGGAGCGUCUGAGGGGCCGGGCCGCCAUGGACGCCCCGCGCUGCAUGAAGGCCUUGCUCCUCGCAGCCACGGAGUACCGCGCCGCCAGGACAGCGCACAACGCCGCGCUCCUCCAGCGCAGCCUGGAGGUUAUCUCUGGACUGAAGCUUACCCGUUUUUUUGCUUCAAACCAGAUUCUACCAAGUGAAUGUCUCAGUUGCCUUGUAGAGCUCUUGGAGGACAAUAAUAUAAACCCUUCUCUGGCUUUGUCUGUGAUUACUUUGCUAUCACAGCUAGCUUCAGACACAGAGACUAGAGAAGCUCUCCAGGACACCUACAAUCUGACCAGCGUGCUGGCAGGAGUGGUUCAUCGAAGUUCUACGAACCUGAGUGACCCAGUCUUACUACAGGGUAUUCAGCUGCUGCAGAGACUGACCUACAACGUUCCCAUCUUUUGUGCUGGUGCCAACAUCGAUGGAUUAAUUUUGUUUCUAAUGCAUCAUAUUCAAUCCACUGAAGAUGAGUUAACAAUACCGUGUUUAGGACUCCUGGCAAACCUCUGUCGUCACAACUUGUCUAUUCAAAGUCAGAUAAAAUCUUCGAAUAAUGUGAAGAGUUUCUAUCGUACCUUAAUAAGUUUCUUGGCCCAUAGCAGUUUGACUAUGGUUGUGUUUGCACUUUCGGUCUUAUCAAGCCUUACCCUAAAUGAAGAAGUAGGAGAAAAACUCUUUCAUGCUCGAAAUAUCCAUCAGACAUUUCAGUUAAUAUUCAAUAUUGUUGUAAAUGGAGAUACUCUAACAAGAAAAUAUUCUGUUGAUCUACUCAUGGAUCUUAUGAAGAACCCCAAAGUUGCAGAUUAUCUUACCAGAUACAAGCACUUCACUUCUUGCCUUGCUCAAGUAUUAGAUCUUCUUCAUGGAAGGGAUCCUGAUUCAUCAUCGAAGAUCUUAGAGCUGCUGCUUGCCUUCUGCUCUGUGCAAGAACUGCGUCACACCCUGCGGCAGGCGAUACUGGAACCAGCUGGCUUGCCAGUCUCUGCAAACACCAGACUUGUGACUCGCUCAAAGAGUUUUGAACCAUCUGUUGUUGCAUUGGUGCACUUGUCAAACCAGCCACUGGAAGGCUCUGAAGACUGUUCAGGUUUAGCAUUGCAACUAUUCAAAGAGAUUUUUGAGGAUGUUAUUAACAAUAAGAAUGGCGAAUCAACUGAGCGCUUUAUGGAUCUUUUGCUGCCUGUUCUUCUUGAUCAUCUUCAGAUGCCAGAACAGAUUGUGGAUGAGCUAUUAGUGAAGAAAAAGUGUGAAAGAAUGGUCAAGGCUAUUAAUGUCCUGACAAUGCUCUGCAGAGAUGACACACUGAAAAUACAUGUCUCGAAGGUGCUGACUGCCAGCCAAUGCACGUGUCUGAUAGAACACCAGUUUCCUUAUAGUGGGAUUGAUACUGCUUUUGGGGCAAAAUUGGUGGACUCUAAAAUGUGCAAACUUGCUGCUGAUAUUAUUUUGAAAAUGCUUGAUCUUAUGAGCAGAUUGCAGCAGGAUGUACCUGGUAUGAAGGACGGCUUCUACAAAAUGUUACAGGAUCAGCGCUUGAUUACACCUUUGACAUUAGCUUUAACGUCAAACCACGGAGAGCAAGUCCAAUUGGGACUUAAGAUCCUGUUUGAGGCUGCACCCUUACCAGAUUUUCCUGCUGUAGUGCUGGGUGAAAGCAUUGCAGCAAAUAAUGCCUACAGACAACAAGAAACGCAGCACACAGCAAAGAGAAUCCAAAUGCAGUCACCUGUGACCAACACUAUUUCAGUGAGGUGUUCUUCAUCCUGUCCUUCAAGUAAUGAGUCCAAAGCUUCAAAUAUUGAGGAAUUAAUACAAAAACUUCAUUCUGGACUAGAGAUGAAAGAGCCGUUGGCUGACGUGAGGAUAUCUGACAUAAUGGAUGUCUAUGAGCAGAAGCUGUCGGCGUUAGCGUCUAAAGAAAUGAGGCUGCAGGAUCUUCUGGAAGUAAAGGCAGUAGCUCUGGCUCAGGCUGAGAGGCUGAUGGCUCAGUACCGGUGUCAGAGAGCCCAGGCUGAGUCUGAGGCAAGAACUCUGGCUGCAAUGCUGAAGGAUGCAGAACGAAAAAAUGAAGAGCUUAACGAUUUGCUGAAAGCUCAACAGGUAGAAUCUGAAAGAGCACAGACUGAUAUUGAACAGCUCUUCCAGCACAACAGGAAAUUGCAAGCAGUUGCUGAAGAGCAUGAAAUACUAAAAAAAUCCUCUCUUGAUCUUCUGCAGAGGUAUGAAACAACUGAAAGACAAUAUAAAGGUCUACAGAUUACAUGCAAUUCACUAAAUAAACAAGUGGAAGCAAUGACAAAACUAAAUGAAUCACUCAAGCAGCAGAACGACAGGACUGCUGCACAGUUAAUAGAAAGUGAAGAUCGCAGAAAUGAAUUACAGCAGCAGCUGCAGGAGAGAGAUGGCACAAUAGCAACCUUGCAACAGACUAUAAGUGUUCUGGAAGAAAAAAUAAAAACCCAACAGAAAGAAAAAACAGAUAUGGAACAAACUAUCCAUAUUCUUAGGAAGGAACUAAGUGAAACACAGCAAGCAAGGGAAGAACUGAAUGUCAAGGCAUCCUCUCUGGAAGUUCAAAAAUCCCAGUUGGAAGGAUGCUUGGCAGAAAAAGAAGCGCUUGUGAAUCUGCAGAAGGAAGAAUUGGACAAACACGCCAGCAUGAUUGCAAUAAUUCACAAACUAAGUGGUGGCAAGCUAAGUGCAGAAACAGUGAACCUCAGUCUGUAGGGCUCUGUUUCCUGUGCUUUAUGUAUUCUGUUAAGUGAGCUAAAUUACAGGGGUGACUGCCAGCUUUGUACUCAACACAUGCAGUUUGGUUGCCUUUUUGCAUAAUGCAGUUAUUGCUUAGAAAGGUCAGCAACAAAAGAAAAAGUUCUCAGAGCUGCUGAAUUAAGGGGUUUUGUUGGGAGUUUUGCAAACUCAGUUGGGAAAGCAACUGUCUGUGUAAUGGGUUAAAAACUUUUAGUGUUAAAGUAAAUUUGCAGACAUGGGUUCUUUCCCUAUACAUUUCUUGGUCAUGGGGAAGGGGUAAGUAAAUGUUGGGAGGGGUUUUGUUGUUUGUAUUUUUUUCCUCCUCCUUUUCUACCAGAAAGUGCUUGAGUAAACAAAUUUUCAUAGGAAAUGCCAAGCUUGUUAAUAACUGAAUUGAUAAAUGCCAGUAUGACUUUGUCAAAUGGUAGAACGGGAGGGGAAAUACAUCAAGCUGCUCACCAGAGUAAAAAGGCCACAUGUCUGCAGAAAAUGGUAAAUGAAUCUUUAGCAUUUAUGUGACAGAAUCCAGAGUAUGUAAAUAUUGAUUUUAUUUUUUCUCUCACUGGAAAAAUGGACUGUUUCAAUAUGCUUUUCUAAGCCAAGUGUAGCUGAACUCUGGGCUGCAUAGCAAAUAAAUGCAUGGACACAUCAAGACAUUUUGACAGCAUUUCUGUGUUCUUUCGUGGCAGUAUUUUUUCCAAAUGGUAAUGAAUAGUGGCUAAUGGAACUAGCAAAUAAAUUGGUGGUUUUUUAAAAUUUUGUUUAAAACAUGUAAGUCUCUUUACUGUAAAAAGAACAUGGAGAUUUUUGUACUUAAUUCAUGCAAAGAAAUACCUGUAUAAGGGGUUUUGCUUUUAGGCAUCUUGAUAUUACCAGUUCUGUAAUCAAAAUUGUUCUGUAAUAAAGUUCCCUGUGCUGUUUUCAUAUUCAUAUUUUGUGCCAUAUCUACUGUGCUAUUGGACAUUUUUUCCCUUUCCCCACAGGCUCUCUCAUUUAGUGCAGGGAGUAGCUGUCACAAGCACAAAAAGUAGCACUGCAAUAGUCGAUUUUUAAUUAUCUGUGUCAUGUCAGGUUGUCAAUUGCAUGUUCUACAAGCAGAGACUUUUGUGCUGUCUUCAUUCCAAGCACCCUCACAUCUCAAUAUUGGGCACUCCGGUGCUUCUUAUCUGAAAGUAGCUGCCUUUUAUUCUAUUAGUCUGAGGAAUGUUUUCCAUUUACCGAGUGGCUUUGUAUGUUAUUUCAUUCAAAUGCCUAAAAAUACCCUUAAACAUGUAUUUAUUUUUCUGUACUCUAUGUUUUUCUGUGCUAUUUCACUUUUGGUGUACUUACUGGGAAUAAUGACACAAUAAAGGGUUUGGACUUUAUGGUCUUCAAUUC